AUGCACGCUGAGCUUUCCUUAAAAGAAACGAGACAAACCCAAACCUGAGUGUGGUGGGAGGAAGUGCGCGACGGGGAAGUUUUGUGCUGUUGAGAAUGUGUCACUGCAGGAUUAGUCAGGAUGAAAUGGAUGCUUAACUUCCUUUAGGGAAUUACCCAGAGGACUAAUGCAUUACCUUAGGGCAGUGGGUUCCCAGUUUUGCUGUCAACUAGUCAAAGUUCAAACAGCUAGAUACCCAGGUCACUCACUCCAUACCAAAGAUGGCAGGCUGUCUGUGUGGGAGCCAAGCUUCAGCAUUUCUAAAGAUCCUCACGGGACUACAGCGGGCAGCCAGUUCUCGAGCCAGUGCCUGAGGGCACAGUCCAGCUAGCGCAGCUCCUACUUAGUUCUGGUUUCUCCGUUUCCACCCCAGUCUCGCGCUGGGGGCGGCCACCGGGAGGCAGGAUACGCUGUCGCCCAAUUAGGAGCUCCCACUUUGCCCAGCCGAGCGGCGGCGGCUGCCAGGGCUGCACGAGGAGUGCAUUUUUGCUUCGUCAUUCUGACUCUGGCGGUUCACCCUCCCGCUCAGAGAAGGGCGUGGCUUCCCAUAGCCACUAGGAACCAGCUGGCCUGUGGCCUCGGCCAGCCUCAGUCGGGCACUGCGUCCCGGCCGCAGGUGCGGUGCCCGGGGAGCUUGCCGUCUCCGCGCUUCUCCCUUCCUGGGAGCUCCGCGGCCUCUGGAAGCAGAGCGCGCUCGGCGCCCAGGCACCCGGCAGGCUUGUGAGGACAGUCUUCAACAACAACUGAAAAUGAAUGGCUCUGAGGAUCUUCCCGAGUCCUAUGACUUCGACCUUAUCAUCAUUGGAGGUGGCUCAGGAGGACUGGCUGCUGCCAAGGAGGCAGCCAAAUAUGACAAGAAGGUUAUGGUCUUGGAUUUUGUCACUCCAACCCCUCUUGGAACUAGAUGGGGUCUUGGAGGAACGUGUGUGAAUGUGGGUUGCAUACCUAAAAAACUAAUGCACCAAGCAGCUUUGUUAGGACAAGCCCUGAAAGACUCUCGAAACUAUGGCUGGAACUUUGAGGACAAUGUUAAACAUGACUGGGAAAAAAUGACAGAAGCUGUACAGAAUCACAUUGGCUCUCUGAACUGGGGCUACCGUGUAGCUCUACGGGAGAAAAAGGUGGUCUAUGAGAACGCUUUUGGGCAAUUUAUUGGACCUCAUAGGAUCAAGGCAACAAAUAACAAAGGCAAAGAAAAAUUUUAUUCAGCAGAGCGAUUUCUCAUUGCCACUGGUGAAAGGCCACGUUACUUGGGCAUCCCCGGGGACAAGGAGUACUGCAUCAGCAGUGAUGAUCUAUUUUCCUUACCUUACUGCCCGGGUAAGACCCUGGUGGUUGGAGCAUCCUAUGUCGCUUUGGAAUGUGCUGGAUUUCUUGCUGGUAUUGGUUUGGAUGUCACUGUUAUGGUGCGGUCCAUUCUCCUGAGAGGAUUUGACCAGGACAUGGCCAAUAAAAUUGGUGAACACAUGGAAGAACAUGGUAUCAAGUUUAUAAAGCAGUUUGUACCAAUUAAAAUUGAACAAAUUGAAGCAGGGACACCAGGCCGACUCAGGGUGACAGCUCAGUCCACCAAUAGUGAGGAAAUCAUUGAAGGAGAGUAUAAUACGGUACUGCUGGCAAUAGGAAGAGAUUCUUGUACAAGAAAUAUUGGCUUAGAAACUGUGGGGGUGAAGAUAAAUGAAAAAACUGGCAAAAUACCUGUCACGGAUGAAGAACAGACCAAUGUGCCUUACAUCUAUGCCAUUGGUGAUGUAUUGGAGGGAAAGCUGGAACUUACCCCAGUGGCCAUCCAGGCAGGAAGAUUGCUGGCCCAGAGGCUUUAUGCUGGCUCCACUGUCAAGUGUGACUAUGAAAAUGUUCCAACAACCGUAUUUACUCCUUUGGAAUAUGGUGCUUGCGGCCUUUCAGAAGAGAAGGCUGUAGAGAAAUUUGGGGAGGAGAACAUUGAGGUUUACCAUAGUUUCUUUUGGCCACUGGAAUGGACAGUUCCAUCAAGAGAUAACAACAAAUGUUAUGCAAAAAUAGUCUGUAAUCUGAAAGACAAUGAACGUGUUGUGGGCUUUCAUGUACUGGGCCCAAAUGCUGGAGAAGUCACGCAGGGCUUCGCAGCUGCGCUCAAGUGUGGACUGACUAAGAGGCAGCUGGACAGCACGAUUGGAAUCCACCCCGUCUGUGCAGAGGUGUUCACAACGCUGUCGGUGACCAAGCGCUCUGGGGGCGACAUCCUUCAGGCUGGCUGCUGAGGUUAAGUUCCCAGUGUGGACGCGCCUGCCAGGACUCCAAGCCACUGACUUGUUUCCUUGCCCAAAUCCAAGGCAGUUUUCAGAAAGCUUCUUGGGCUCUUGGCACCUAUUCAAGGUGCUGUGCUCACCAUCACCCAAGGCCCCUUGGACCUCAUGGGUAGGAGGCAGUGAGUGGAGGCAGGCAGCGUCACACUGGGGCCACCAUCACAGACUCGAAACUGAACUGGCAGUGCAUCGGAGUGAUGCGUCCAUGAAGUCACCAGCCUCAAGCCCGAGUGGUGGGCGGUGAUGGAACAGCUGUCAGAUGAGUUCAACGUUGCCUUUACUGCGUGGUUUUCUUACACAUUCUCCAGCUGUCUAGCAUUGAUUAUAUGUUUUUUUUUUCUCUAUAGGGUUAAUGAUACUAGAGAUGAAAAAUAUUAGCUCUCAGUUUUUGUCCAAAGCAAGCCCUGACUAGAAUAUCCACAGUGUCCUGCUGCCUGAAAGGGGUGAGCUGGCUCGCUUGGAAACUACGUAGGUUUGUCCCAUGGAAGAGAACGUCCCUGUGACCAAGAUGUGUCUGUUGAAUGCCAAACUGGCUUGUUGAGCUGUGUCUCCUUUAAACAGUACAGCUGUGACCGCCCCUUCCCAGUUUGGCUCUCAUGGGCUACGUCACUGUUAAGUUCUGUGCAGGAAGAGGAAUGGCCCACUUGAAGGAAUGCUGCUGUGUGGAACUGGGUGGUGGUUCCCACCAUGGUCCUUUGUGGGGGCGGUCGCACGCCUUGCAGAGAACAGUCACUGUCUUCCUUGCUUUUGCUUGUGUGUGUUGGUCUAAGUGAGCUGAGGUCAUCUGCAAGGAAAAGGCUUCACUUGCUUAAAACUGUCUGGUGGGUUUAGCUUUUAGCUAAAAACACAAAACCCCACAGCUGUUUGUUGAGUGUGCGCAUAUCUGUCCCUUUGGAAGAACUACAUUCACAGGAAAGUAGGUCUUUCCACACUUUGGAUUUAAGUCUGUGAUAAUUGAUUUUUUAAGGAAGGUGUUAAUAACAUAAGUUAUUUAAUUUUUUGAACACAGGUGGAUGUGAAGGAUUUCAUUUAAAAACCAUGUGAUUUUGAUUUGUGUUGUGAACUGAACCUGGCGAGUCCGGGGAGCUGCCAGCUCUGCUGCCGGCUCUGUGCAGCAGCUGAGCGGCACUUCUCCACCGUGGGCGGAGGACGUGUGCUGGGGACAUCAAGGCUCCUGCCGGCAGUUCUUGCAGCUCCCGUUGCAUCCCCUCGGAGCCCUGCCUGUCCUUCUUACCUGUAGCACUGAGUGGUUGCUUCACGCACAUUUCUGGCCACCUCAGGGACCCCUGUGUCUGCCUAGCAUCUGGUCAGCAGCACACCGGGCUCUGGCCCUGCCUCGUGCCUCUGUAUGAAGAAAAUGGGGAGGCAGCAGGGGGAAGGGAGCCAAGGUGUGUGUUCAAUUUUAUUUAUUUACAUUUUUAAAUCCCCCCAAGGCUGCCAACCCGAGAUGAAGGAGCAGGCAGGUGAGGUGAGGGCACCUAAUCAUGUUGAUUCUUCCAGGGGAAUGAGCGCUCCGCCCCACGAUGAUACAUUUCAUAGACUUGUUUAGAUUGAGUUCAUGGCCCAAAGUACUGUGACUCACUGAAUUCCAUGUAUUUUUUUGUUACAAAUCU